AUGCAAGAGGACGAGUACACCAAGCUCACAGUCAACAGUCCUCUCGCUGCCGCCAGGGCGUUUGGGAGUCUUGGGGAGAAGUUCAAUUCCGUGUACAUGUCCGGCGAGGGAGCGGUGAUGGAUAAGGAGGGUGGGAUGCUUUUCGCGAGGGUGAAGGGGAAGGCGGAGAGGGAGUUGCUGAACCUACAAGAGGAGUCAUCAAGUUCAAAGGUCUAUAAUGUCAGGCCAGGAGGAAUCAAUCCUGAGGGAAAGUAUCUAGCUGAGAGGACACCGGAUUGGGCGGUUAGGUCUAUUCAUAUGUUGGGAAAUGUGUUUGAGAGGUUCUACAAGAACAUGGUGAUCUCAACGGAGAGUCUGGCGAAGGCGACUGUUGGGCUUGCGGUGGGGCAUGGGGAGCCUGUACCGGCAGGGAGGGGUGUGGAGGAAGGUGGAAGACUACUAAGGAAUACGGCACUCAGGGAUUUGGCGGAGAGGGCAGGGUGA